AUGCGAAUCGGUUGGCCCGACCCGGCCCGGGUGGUAGUCUUUCCUGGACCGUCCGGCUCAAGCCCGACUCUAAAUUCUUUUUAGACUCAAUUCAGUUUUGUUAUGGCAAAAACACAGUAAAAGCUUUGCUAAAGAUUAGUUCAGCAGCAGUAUGAGUUAAUUAAGAAAACAGAAAUAACUUUUUGGCUAGGUAAUUUCAAAAACAUAUGAACGAGCGAGAAAAAGAAGAGAAGGAAACACAAAACAAGGUU